AUUUAUUUAUUUAUUAAUCAAUCCAAACAAGCCCUUACCCCCUUUCUUCAUAAUCAGAAUCUUGCCGUCUUUGAUUCAAGAGCUGUAUAUUGAGGACGCAAAAAUUCACUCUAGCUCCCAAGUAUUAAGCUUCAGAAUUCCUCUUUAUACAGGUCAUGGGUGACCAGACUGAUGAGCCGCUUCCUCCAGGAGUACAAUCUCUGCCCUGUUCAUCGUUUGAUAACACAUCCUCGAUGCCAGGUCCCAUUUCAAGAAGCAGCCUUUUCCCUCUUGGCCUUUCAGAGGCACCAAAAGUGGAUGCUGGUGAAGAAGCAAUCGUCCAGCCUCGUGAGAAUACCGGCAGUUCUAGUUUGCAAUAUGAAAGAUCUAGUAAUAUUGAAGCUGCUGCUCAGACAGCUGUGCUGCAUGAACAAGAAAUAGCCACUCAGAGGAUCUUUCAGAGCCAGAGAGGGUCAAAUAAUGCAAGUGAACAUUUGGAGGAUAAUAAAGAUAUUUUGUCUGGACGCCAUGACCCAAAUGCUCUAAAGGAGCAUCUUCUGCAGAUGACCUCAACACAUCGAACAGAAAUGGCCUCAAAACGUGGCAAGCCCACUUCCGUGGAAGAAGGCAAUCUGGAAAUAGGGAAUGGUUAUGGUGUGCCUGGUGGAGGUGCUUAUUAUGGUGCUCCGGUACACUGUGAAAAAGUCCAAAAGAAUGGCGAGCUUAAUGGCGAGUCUGGACAGAAUUCUGCUUCUAAAGAUUUACCUGAAUAUCUUAAGAGAAAGUUGAAAGCAAGAGGUAUCCUGAAAGAUGACAAAAAUACAGGAUAUCCGUCAGAAUCAGAAAAUAGAUCGGAUGCUCAGUCAACUCAAGCCACGACACCUGGAAAUUUGCCCCCUGGAUGGAUUGAAGCUAGGGACCCUGAAAAUGGUGCUGUGUUUUAUCACCACGCGAGUUCAGGGAAAAGCCAGUGGGAAAAACCUAUUGAAGUACAGAAACCUAUUGAAGUGGAAAAACCAAUUGAAGUGGCUCCUGCUGCUGUCUUUGCAACCUCACCUCUCGAGGAUUGGAUAGAGGCGUUCGAUGAAACAACGGGUCGAAAGUAUUAUUAUAACAGGAAGACCAAUGUGUCGCAGUGGGAGCAUCCAGGAGCACAGCAGCAGGUGGCUCCACAGUGUUAUGAGAUGAUGGUCUCCCCUAAUGCAGUGGUUGGGAAUUUGGAAGACAAGGCAUCCCCUUUUCCUAGGUGCUUGGGAUGUGGUGGUUGGGGAGUGGGUCUGGUGCAGUCUUGGCACUAUUGCAAUCACUGCACUCGACUUCACAAUCUUCCACAGAGCCAAUACUUAUCAACCUCUGAGAGUCAUAACCAACCAAAUAAUGUUGGAAAUCAAGGGCACUCGGAGAAGAAGCCACCCCAACAAAGGUCUGAUACUAAACCCCCUCCUUGGAAAAGCUAUAAGAAGGACAGCAAGAAGCGUGCACACAAUGACGAAGAUGAUCUGGACCCUAUGGAUCCAAGUUCAUAUUCAGAUGCUCCUCGUGGCGGUUGGGUUGUAGGCCUCAAAGGAGUACAGCCAAGAGCAGCAGAUACCACUGCCACGGGACCUCUUUUCCAGCAGCGGCCUUAUCCGUCCCCUGGGGCAGUUCUACGAAAAAAUGCUGAAAUUGCAUCUCAGAAGAAAAAGCAGAAUUCUAAUUAUACUCAGAUAUCCAAGAGAGGGGAUGGGAGUGAUGGUCUUGGUGAGGCUGAUUGAAUGAGGCUACGUCAAUGCACUUGUCUCAGGUUGAAUUCGGCAAUGCAAUGCACAGCACUUGUCGUUGAAUGUUGCGAUGCUAUGCACACUUUUGAUGUCCCCCUUUUCUUGAAGUUGAAAAAUUAGAGGCAGGUGAAAGCUUCGGCAUAAGAUGCUGAUGGUAUACUGAAGGUGUAGUAAGUAGGUCAGGUGUUUGUUUGAUUUCUUGCACACAAUCAGAUCAAACUAAUUUUAUUCCAAGUCGAUUUAUACGAGUUUAAUUGUUGUGAGUUUUAGGGUGCGUAAAAUUAAUGUAUCUUUUUCUUAUUUGGAUGAUAACAGACUUCCUUGCAUAUGAAUAUAAGUACUCUAGAUAAGUGUUCGUCA